GCUGCUGCCUCAGCUGGAGCAGCGCUCUGAGGGACACAGUCUUCACACUUGGGUGGAAGGAGCCGCUGAAACACACUGCACUUUCCUAAAUCACCAUGGCACCGUCCCAGCAGAAUACCAAGACCCUGGUGAGGGAAGGAGCCGUUGGCUUCGUGCUGGGGGCAGUAGGGGGAUGUGCCCUGGGAGCUACAGUGACCCCAGUGAACAAGGCCAUGACUGAGAUCGUCUCAGGGUCACUGCUGAAACCAGUCACAGAUGGAGUGAGGACUGUGGGUCCUCUGGGUCUGGGGACUCUCUUGGGAGCAACUGCGCUCACCACAGCAAUGACAGCAGCUAUAGCAGGAGUGACUGUGGCUGCCUCGACUGCUUUGCUGCUCAUACGGUUAAAGAGGCGCAGGGCUGGGACGGCCAAUUUAGAUGGAUUUAUGUGGAUUGCAGCUGGGCUGGCUGCAGCCCUGAGCACCACGUCUUGUGGAGCAGCACUUGGAGUCAUUAUAGAGACACUUAUCCUUAGGUCUGGGGUUGUGGCGCUGCUCUCGGCUCUGGGGAUCUUCACUGUGCUGAAAACAUUCAUCCACGUCAUUGUGCAGCUAACAUGCAGAGAGUGGGAGUGCUGCGGCAUCCUGCGGCUCACUGCUGAGGCUGAGGAGCAAGAGCAGAAGAAGCUGGAGGCUCUGGAGGCUGAGCAGAGAGACAGAGUGACAGUGGAGAUUGAACAGAGGAUUAUUGCGUUUGAGACUGAGAAAAGGAUUGAAGGAGAAGAUGGGCUGGACUACAGAACUGCUUGGAAGGCCCAAAAGCAGGAGAGAGAGGAAAUAGAGAAGCUACGAAGGGAAGCAGUAGAGCUGGCAGUGCAGCAGAGGACUAUUCAAGAGCGUCUGACCAAAGUCGUGGCCAAAUACGUGGAAUUUCUGGCCUUCUCUGGCAUUCCGAUGACGGUGACUGCAGCUGUGACCGCUGGCUUUGGAAUCUUUGGAUUUGGAGACUAUAGAUUCGUUUUUGUUGUCCUUUUAACCCUUGUGCUCAGCAUGGCCUUCAUGUUAAUGAGGUCAAUGCAUUUAAACUUCUGGAUGUUCACUGGCUGCGUAGGUAUGUUUGCAACGUUUGCAAUUGCUGUACUCACUGUGCACGCAGGACAGGAGGCGGUGGAGGUGUCUUUAAGAAUGCAGAAGGAGGGACAAGUGCUAAGUAAGGAGAACAUCACAGCUCGGAUGGACCAAAGAGCUUCGCUUGAGGCCAUAGCUGCUGGGUUCUUUGUGUCAAAAAUAUGUCAGGUUGGCUUAGGGGCCUCUGUUGGAGGUCCACUGGAUCCAAAAGUGUUGGAUAAAGUCAUAGUAGGAGCAUCUGUGUCAACAGUAGCUAUUAUCUCAGUGGUUGAAACCUUGUCAGUAGUUCUAGGAGUUGGUGGUGUGACAGGGGCAUUGCUGGGGGCUCUAGGGGCAGCUGGUGUGUCGCUGGGAGCAGCUACAGCUGUAGCAGUUCAGUGGUCCUCAUUGACAGGAACCAUAAGCACCACAGCUGGAAUGCUAUUUGGUGCUUUGGCCAUUGGACAGUGGGACAUUGUUAACACUGGAUUGCAGGUGCUCGUUGCCUACAUGUUUGCAAUGAUAAAUCCUUAUUGA